AUGGCGUCGAGUUCGAGCCGACGGCCCCAAAUCUUCGUGCACUUCGAGUUUGGGGUCUCGUUUUCACCUAGGCAUGCUCCCAACCAGCACUCCGUCACUUACACCUCUCGCGGCUUCCGCGAUCGAGCUCAGCAGUUUCCGAGACAAGUCCCGCCGCCGAAUACAAAUUAUCUGGCAGAACCCACUUAUAUAACACGUCAAACGACGCGCCCUUUACCACCCGUCCAGGGUGACUAUCAACCUCAGCCCCAGCCAGGGCCGCUACAAUACGAUCCCACCAGGAAGCCUCGACAGGACAGCCGAUCGGCUUCAUCGCACGAGAGAGGUAGCUCUGCUCCCCCGCCCUGGAACGACAGUCCGUGGGACGCCGAGCCCGAUGCCCUGGGCAGUUCGGCCUUACCACGUCAAAGACCACGCCCCAGCGAUGCCCCCGAUUACUGGAAGGCAUUGCCUGAAGUUCCCUCGCGCUUCAGGCUGGGGGAAGACGGGAUGCCUUGGUCGGCAUCAGCAUGGCCGCGCGAGUUUGGCAUGCCGGACGGUUCCGAAGUCGACGACUAUUCUUCCGACCUGUCGAUGAAAUUUCGUGACGUCUCUCUGACAGACGCCGCACCAGACUCCAGGGACGUGGAUGAUCCAGGACGGAGAAAAGAGCUGGAGGCGCUGUCCGCGGCAAUGAUGACGGUGGACAAUGGGUUUGAGAACCAGUGGUGGUACCAAGGGGAGCGGCAACUGACAUGUCCGCUGCCCACGUCCAUCAUGGCAUAUGCUACCACCUCGGCGACUGGGGAAGCCGUACAGCGAACGCCCGUGCACCAGCCCAGUUACGACAGCAGGGAGUCCAUGGGAUGGGCUACCUUCCAGGACGACCCUCACGCCAGCAUGGUGAGCGCCACGGUUUAUGAUCCCAGUCUUUUGGUCUCGCCCUUGUCCGAGUAUGCAAGCCCGCGCAUCCAUCGCUCGAUGACGACGAGGUCGGAGGAGCUGAGACUGCACAGUUGA